GUGACUUUUAAUAAACAUGCAUUAAUGUCAUGAGUUAAAAAUUGAUAAUACAAUAGAUAACAGCUGAUAAAAUGACUAACAGCAAUAUAAUGCUCAAACAAAGGUCUUAUAGAGGCUAAAUAAAUUACAUUAGCAAAGAAAACUAACGUUAAACAAUUAAAUGUCUGAGUAACAGUACUUGCUCUCAUUGUCGAGCAGUGUUUUAUUUCAACAAUUGCAUUGCACUGGAGUCUUUGUUUAUUUUAAGACUAUAAAUAUUUAUUUUGUCAACUUAAUAAUAUAAUCUCGUUUUACUGCUAAUAAACAUCAGAGAUUAUAAGUAUAAAUUGUUUUGAUCUCUUUUAAUCUCUUGAUGGUGACUGAAAAUUAUAGAAAUAAAAAAUGAAGUUUGCGGAGCAUCUAUCAGCUCACAUUACUCCGGAAUGGAGAAAACAAUAUAUCAGUUAUGAGGAAAUGAAAGCUAUGCUCUAUGCAGCCGUCGAAGAAGCGCCGUCUGCAGAGAGUGUGGAACCAGAGGUUAUUUCACGGCACUUUGCUUCCUUUGAUGAAGUUUUUUUUACGUUUUGUGAUCGUGAAUUAAAAAAAAUUAACACAUUUUAUUCAGAAAAGUUAGCAGAGGCAACGAGAAAAUAUGCCGCGUUACAAAAUGAAUUAAAAACUGCCCUAGAUUUGCAGCAUGGCAGCCAUAAAAAUAAAGGAAAGCUAGCGAGUGCUAAAUUACCAGCACGGAAAAUUCGUGAAUUGAAAUUAGGAUUUUCAGAGUAUUAUUUAUCACUGAUAUUACUACAGAAUUAUCAAAAUUUAAAUUACACUGGGUUCAGGAAAAUUCUUAAAAAACAUGACAAGCUUUUAUCAGUAGAUACUGGAUCCAAGUGGCGAGUAGAAUGCGUGGAGACGAGUCAUUUUUACACAUCAAAAGACAUAGACAAAUUAAUCCACGACACCGAGGCUAAUGUCACAAAUGAAUUGGAAGGUGGUGACCGUCAACGGGCCAUGAAACGCCUGAGAGUUCCUCCACUGGGAGAACAUCAGAGUCCAUGGACGACUUUUAAAGUUGGAUUAUUUUCAGGAAGCUUUAUUAUAUUAUUCGUCGCAGUUGUACUUUCUGCAAUUUUCCACGAAGGACAAGAGAAUUUAAAAAUAGCAUUUCGGUUGUACAGAGGACCAUUGCUAAUAAUCCAAUUUUUAUUUCUAAUGGGAGUAAACGUCUACGGCUGGAGAUCAUCUGGAGUGAAUCAUGUGUUAAUAUUCGAGCUCGAUCCGCGUAAUCACUUAUCAGAGCAGCAUUUAAUGGAAUUAUCAGCGGUUUUAGGAGUCAUCUGGACUCUCAGUCUUCUAAGUUUUCUAUUCAGCGCUAGUUUGAGUAUUCCACCGUUCGUAAAUCCUCUGGUGCUUGUUUGCAUUAUGAUAGCAUUCAUUUUAAAUCCUCUAAAAAUAUUUCGCCACGAAGCGCGGUUCUGGUUACUGAGAAUAACAUGGAGAAUGAUAAUAGCGCCAUUUGCGUUUGUAAAUUUCGCGGACUUCUGGCUGGCUGAUCAAUUAAACAGUCUUGUAACACCGUUGCUGGACUUUCAUUUUUUAGUGUGUUUUUAUUUAACCAACGGCGAUUGGCUACAAGCUCACGACACUACGCAAUGCAUGUCCGGGUCGCUUAUCGUCAGGCCUAUUGUAAAUUGCCUCCCUGCGUGGUUUAGAUUCGCCCAGUGUCUCAGGCGUUACAAAGAUUCCAAAGAAGCUUUUCCGCAUUUAGCUAACGCAGGAAAAUAUUCAACAACUUUUUUAGUUGUCAUUUCAAAUACUCUGAGGUCUUAUUACGCAGAUCAGUAUAAAAGCAAUUGGGAAAAUCCGUGGCUUUGGUUUUGGUUAGCAAGCUGUAUUAUCAAUUCUAUUUACUCUUACACUUGGGAUAUAAAAAUGGAUUGGGGGUUGUUAGAUAGUAAUGCUGGAGAAAAUAAAUUUUUACGUGAAGAAGUUGUUUAUUCUUCAGGUAGCUUUUAUUACUUUGCCAUCAUUGAAGACUUUGUUUUGAGAUUUAUAUGGAUAGCAAGUUUUGUUUUAGUUGAUUUUAAAUAUGUUUCAAGUGAUUUGAUGACUUCUAUUGUUGCUCCUCUAGAAGUUUUUAGGAGAUUUGUUUGGAAUUUCUUCCGUCUAGAAAACGAGCAUCUUAACAAUUGCGGUAAAUUCCGAGCUGUGAGAGAUAUUUCGAUCGCACCGAUAGAAAGUUCAGAUCAGAUUCAAAUACUCAGAAUGAUGGAUGAUGAAAACGGAGUAGUAAAUAGAGGUAAACGCAAAGCCGGUGGUAAAAAACCUGGCAAAGAAGACAAGCGAGCGUUACUUAAAGAAGAAACUAUUGAUAUCGACGUCUCGAAUACCAGCUGAAACACGUGCUAUAUUAAAUUAUUGGAAAUGUAAAUCUGUAAAUUAUCUAGGUGAAUUUAAAAACAAAUUAAUUAGUUUUUAGUUACUAGACUUUUAUGCUAUUUGUUGAGUAGUGUAAUUAUAAUUAAUACUUUGCCAUCGGGUGCCUUUGUUUUUCUAAAUUUAUUAUAUUUUUUGAAGUUGGUUUUAUACGAUGACGUGCUUCCAUUGAGCGUUGUUUUGAAUUUAUAAUUUUUUUUAUCGAUUUUAGAAAAGCGAUUUAAUUAAAAAUUUUUUUUUUUUAAUUUAAUUAGUUGAACAAAAAUUAUUGAGGUUGAUUUGAGAAAAUUUUAGUUUCUAAGUUGGAACUGUUUUUUAUCAGUAUGAUGAGUGGCUAAUAUUAAGUAGUAUAAAUAACUUGCUUCAGCGAAUAUUAGUCAUUUUAAUUUGAUUAUUAAUU